UGAGUAUUAUUUAUACUUUUUACGUUAAGAUAAUCGUGUUUAUAUUAAAGUAUUAGUGGCGUAUAAUUACAUUUAACUAGGGAGAAAUGAGGACAUCCGUUGUGUUUUGUCAUUUCUGCACGGGACAAGUUAACCUACUUCAGGUGUCAAGAUCGAAUCUGUUUUAGGGUCAUUGAAGGUUUAAUCCCCUCCCCCCAAUCUGAUCAGAUUACAGCCUAGUUGCGAGAUCCUUGUUAAUUACCUGAUUCACUUCAGAUAGCUUUAUACGGGAACCAGACAACAGUUGUUGCUUGAAAAUGACAGACUUUAAUAACAAAACGAAUUCUCUGUUAUCUGCAUUAACUGUGUUAGCUUUCCUAGUAUCCUUAACCUGUCUUAUUUACAGACCAGUGAUCAUAACAAGGUUGAUGGGGAACUUCUCAUCCUCUGCGCCUGGGUUGUCGAGCUCAGCAUGUACUCAGUUUGUCCAGGAUAUUGUGUCCAAGAACUGUGUUGUAAUAUUCUCCAAGACCACGUGUCCUUAUUGUAAGAUGACUAAGAAUGUAUUUAAUGAGAUGGGAGCAUCAUAUAAAGUCAUUGAACUGGACGAGCACAACGACGGCCGACGUCUCCAGGAGACCUUAGCGCAAAUGACAGGUGCCAGAACAGUGCCAAGAGUCUUUAUCAAUGGGCAGUGCAUUGGAGGGGGUUCAGAUACAAAACAGCUUCACCAGCAAGGGAAACUUCUGCCUCUCAUUGUACAGUGUAGGCCAUGCUGUUUGAGUAACAACCCUGAGGGCUCAGAAAAUGCUAAAUUUCAAACUAAUCCAUGAUUAUAUAUAUAUAUUUGUAUUCUGUGGCCUUUUAGUACUUAAUCCUGUUUUGUUCACAAACAGUUCGGUAAUUUAUAUGAGUGACAACCGCAUUCUACAACCAAAUUAAAUCCAGAAAAACUCCGUAGUAGUGACAAACAUAUUUUCAGAAAUUCCAAGUAGUGUGUACAGAACCGAACUGAACAACUAGUUGUUAAUGACAUGAUAGAUAAUUCAUGUGAGAUGUGUCCCGUCGUCUUCUGGUGCACAUCACACAAACAAAGGUAUGUAUCUGUCUACGCUCAUAUUUAGUCUUUCUCUCCACUUUAGUUUCUCUUAUCAGCCCUGCAGUCUCGUGGUGACCCAUACAUUACAGUCCAGAGAGAGCGUGCGCUGUUUAACGAGUAAAAAAAAAAAUGGCGACUCUAUCGACAACAACUAAACAUUGCCAGAUAAUAAUACAUGUCUAGUGAAUACCGUAACUUCCGGACUAUUGAGCGCACCUGAAUAUAAGCCGCACCCACUGAAUUAAAAAUUUUUUAUUAUUUUGAACAUAAAUAAGCCGCACAUAUCUAUAAGCCGCAGGUGCCUACCGGUACAUUGAAACAAAUGAACUUUACACAGGCUUUAACGAAACACGGCUUGUAACAAAAAUAGGCUUUAACGAAACACGGCUUGUAACAAAAAUAAAUAGGCUUUAACAAAACACGGUGUGGCAGCGGGGGCGUGGUCAAGCACCCGUCCGGGAGAGAAAAGUGGUAAGGGCGCUUACAUCAAGUGAUGAAAACUGUCACACUAGUGCCAGUGUGACAGUUUUCCCAAGGACACGUGAAGCAGGGCACUUGACGUUCCAGGUCAGGCUUUUAAUGGCCACAGCAAUGUUUACAAUCAAUUUUAUAAAGUUUCUCAAUUCUUGGUCUUCUAUGCGCCAACACUAGACUGACGUGUGUCUGUCACUCACUCACUCACUCUCUCUGCUGCCUUUUUAUGCCGCUCUCCCCACGCUUACUGAAAUUAGACACAGGUGUUAGACAUUAGCUCAGGUGUAAGCGUCCUUACCGCUUUUCUCUCCCGGACGGGCGCUUGACAACUCCCCCGCUGCCACACACGGCUUGUAACAAAAAAUACAAAAUUAGCAGUAAACAGUAGCCUAGCAAGAAAGUCAUUGGUCACUAUCUUCCUCCUCUUGUGCACAUGAAACCACUGAAGUCAUCACUGAAGCUUCAGAUUUAGUUGUCUUUUUGCACUGAGUCAAUUCAUCACGCUGCUGUUUCCAAUGUCUCCCGUGCAGCAGCUCUAUUUCCUUUUCCAACAGCCAGAUCAAUCGCCUUCAUCAUAUGCAUUUCUCCGUGUCUUAAGGGUGACAAAAUGACUACCGUAAUCAGAAUGAUGGGACGUUUGAGCGCGCACGAUUUAAUCUAAACGGUAAACAAAAAAGUUGUUUGACCUUAACCCGUUCGGCAAUUUCAAUUGGUCUAAUGAAAGCUUCAUGCCGCCAAAAAACUGAGCACGUCACAGAAUGGUUUUUUUUUUUUUAUAAAUACAAUUUGAAAGCGGGAAAAAUCCAUAUAUUAGCCGCGUCGUUGUUUAAGCCGCGAGGUUCAAAGCGUGGGAAAAAAGUUGCGGCUUAUAGUCCGGAAAUUACGGUAAUCUCUUUCCUUAGAGUUUUAGCAAGCCAAAACUAAACUGGUUAAACUGAUUGCGUUCGUGUUUCUUGUGCACAGGUGCGAGAUGCUGCAAUGUUGCUGUGGUGAUCACUUGUUAGUCAUUGCAAUUGACAAUAAAGAAUACCUCCUGUAUAAAGCACUACAGUCUGGUUCCGGAAGUAAAAUCCCAUUAAUUUCAACAAUAACUUAUAAACUUUUAAAGACUGACCUACUUGUUCAUUGCAUGGUAUAUGCCACUUUUGAUGGCAUAAGUUUGUGCCAUUUCAACUACAUUGUUUUAAAAUCAUGUUUAAUAGCAGAAUUCAUGGUGAACUACACUACCCAUGGUCCUGGAGAGAGAUCCACCAAUCAGAGAACUGCGGCCAACAACCAAACAAGGUCAGCAGCAACAGGCCACUUCAAUGACGCAAUCGAGUCGGUCGACCCUACUCCCUCAAACUACAUAUAUAUUUGUAUAUAUCUGAAUAUUUUGCAGUAAACCUAAAAUAUAUUGAUCUAUAUUUCUAAUCAACAACAUAAAACCAUUGAUUUUAUGUUGUUGAUUUAGAAGUAUAGAAACAAAAUAUUUUCAUCUUUUUCUUUUUUAUUCAAUUGUCAUUCGCAGUGCCUCAUGGGAGUGUAGUCUGUGCCCUUGUGAGAAGACUGCAAGUACAGAAUCUUGUACUUUUGUCUUUUUGUCCAAUUUUCAAAUAUUUUUGCUUAAAAUAAAAGUUUAUAAUGUUGUGAUUCACCUCGGUGAUGGUUGGUUAGGUUCAUGUCUUAGAAUGUUAUGAAAAGCCUAUGGAAAAAUGAAUGGGGAAAAAUACUUCUGGAACACUGCGGGCGCUGUAGCACUCUGUUCCAUACACGCAUGGAAUUCACUCCGCGUUUAAAUGUGGUUGUCACUCCUGUAACUUUGUAGUGUGUACGUGGCUGUUGUGUUUUUAUUGUUGUUAUAAUUUACCCAGACUCUUGUCAUCUAAAAGAUACUCAUGAUGUGCUGUAAAUUAUUUCUGUAAAAUAUAUCAUUAGGUGUUUUAGUUGAUUUUUGACAUGCAUUCCUUUUUUAAUUAUGACCUGAGUUACAUAGCUCUACCUUGUUACUCCUUUAUGUACUGAAAUAUUUUUAAGUAUUAAAUUCUCUCAAAAAUG